AUGGGGGAUAAGCUUCAUCGUCGAGAGGGAAACAGCCCGGAUCACCAGCUAAGGCCCAUAAAUGACCGCUCAGUGAUAAAGGAGGUGGGGGUGCAAAGACAGCCAGGAGGGGAGCAUUCCGCCUUAGAGGGAAGCAACCGCGAAAGCGGGGGUCGACGAAGCGGAAGCGAGAAUGUCGGCUUGAGUAACGAAAAUAUUGAUGAGAAUCCAAUGCCCCGAAAACCCAAGGUUUCCUCCGCAAGCUUAGGUGGAAGGCGAAGAAGGCCCCCUUCCGGGGGGGCCCGAGCCAUCAAUGAGAUACCACUCUGGAAUAGCUCGGAUUCUAACCUUGUGUCAGACCAGCGGGCGAAGGGACAGUCUCAGGUAGAUAGUUUCUAUGGGAUAGUUAACAGUCAAUGA